AUGGCUCACAACAUCGACUUAGUCAGCCUGGUCCAAGAAGCUGUCAUCAUGAGAGAAUUCCAGCAUCCGAAUGUACUGGGUCUGAUUGGACUGGCGGAGAAAGAACCAGGAGUCCCAUACGUCAUACUGCCCUUUAUGGAGAACCAUGACCUCUUGACCUAUGUGCGUGACACUUCCGUGGUAUGUAUAAUGUGUUAAAUGUGUUUAAACUGUUUCCGAUUUUUAACACACGUAAUUCUUUGGGAACAUUUGAAAUUACAUUGUUAAAGAAAAAAAAUCUUAACAUCAUUUCUGAACAAUUAAAUGUGCCCAUAAUCUUUCUUAAUAUUAUUAAAUCUCUCUUUAGAGCUUCAAAUCUCUCUUAAUUACUUCAAAUCUGUCUUUAGUAAUUCAAAUCUCUCUUUGACACUUCAAAUCUUUUUGACACUUUAAAUCUCUCUUUAAUAUUUCCAAUCUCUCGUUGACACUUUAAAUAUCUCUUUCAUACUUCAAAUCUCUCUUUAGUACUUCAAAUCCUUUUUUGACACUUCAUAUCUCUCAUUUGAACUUCAAAUCUCUCCUUAGUUCUUCAAAUCUGUCUUUGACACUUCAAAUAUUACGUCUAUAUUUGUUAACAUUUACAUAUGGGAACAGUUCUUUUUGUCUGUAGAAAUAAUUGCAUAGGUUUUAAUGUAAAUGAUAACCGAUUGUGUCUUGACAUCAUAACAACUAAGUAUAUCGAAGAAACAUUUCAUUAAUUUGCCGUAAAAUCAAAGUAGACCGUGUUUUAAUAUAAUUAUCUAUUUCACAAUGUGUUAUUCUCCUCGUUUGCCUUAUAAUAAAGUACCUAAGGUUUGCGCAGCGCGAUCAAAUCAUCUUCAUACAACUGUCAGGGUGGCUUUGAUAACAUUGAUGUAGAACAUACUCAAUUACUUCUGAGUAUUUAUUUCUUGGCUAGCAAUUCAAUCACAUAAAUUUUGUCUGCUAACUAGACUCUAACCUUACAUGACGUUAUUAAAUAUGGAGCGGACAUAGCGAAUGGCAUGGCCUACCUCAGCCAACUCAGAUGUGUCCAUCGCGAUCUAUCAGCCAGGAAUUGUAUGUGAGUAUGUUAUACAGAUGACCACAAAAAGUUGUUGGUAUCUGGUUAUUGUAUGACAAAAUAAUUUAUCAAGUCGGUUGUUUUCAUUCAAUUACAUACAAGUUUCAGCAUUUGAUAGGAUCUAAGAUAAUGUGCCUGUUGUCAUUGGUACCAUCAUCUGCUGUAACCUGUGAGUAUAUGCAAAAAUCCAGCCCCUAGCUGGAGCUGGCAACUUUUUCGUGGUCAACCCUUUCGUCUAUUGGGUUGUUGUCGUUUUUAACAAAUGAUUUAACCAGAAUAUUAUUACCUUAGUUAUGCAAUUAAUGUGUCUGGUAGCGGUAACAUAAAAUGGCUGAUGUAGAUAACUGUUCGGUUAAUCAAGAAGAUUGUUCGUUUUAAAAAAUGUAUUCCUCAAUUGAUUAAAUAUAUUUCAAAUAGUUUUCUAAUAGUCCAUGUAAUACUUGGAAUUGGAGAAAAAUGUGUGUUUUAUCAUCCCACACGAGGAGGUAACAAUAUGUCGCACAAUUAUAACAAAUAUUUCAUCCAUUUCUUUUUAUUCUCUUGGUGAUUUAACUUAUAGGUGUACAUUUCUUAGUCAGUCUGUCAAACUAAUCCUUAUUUUUUAAAAAAGGACUAUGCAAAUUUAAAUAUGAAUGUAAUAGACGCUUAAGGGAAAGGUGAAAACCAGCUCAAACAAAUUUUCUACAGUCUUAUAUAUAAUAUUUUCAUUUCAUUAACAUUUCCAGGCUUGACCUCAAUCACCAAGUCAAGGUCGCUGAUUUUGGUCUAUGUCGGGAUGUCUAUGAAAGGGGCUACUACAAAUGUGACCAGAAGCAAAACCUGCCAAUACGAUGGAUGGCCAUUGAGAGUAUUGCAGUAGGAUCCUACAGUUCAAAGUCAGAUGUGGUGAGUCUUAGUCAAAUGUGGUGA